UAGGCGAAUUCGGCGUCUGGAAUGGCUGUGCAUGAUGACUGUAAGUUAAAGUUUUUGGAGUUAAAAGCAAAGAGAAACUACCGUUUUAUUACCUUCAAGAUCGAAGAACAACAGGUGAUCGUUGAUAAGAUUGGUGGCCCUGAUCAAACCUACGAAGAUUUCACAAACUCUCUCCCUGGUGAUGAAUGCCGCUAUGCUGUCUUUGACUUUGACUUCACCACCGAUGAAAAUUGUCAGAAAAGCAAGAUUUUCUUCAUUGCCUGGUCUCCAGAUACAUCGAGGGUGAGAAUGAAGAUGGUGUAUGCAAGCUCCAAGGACAGAUUCAAGAGAGAACUGGAUGGGAUCCAAGUCGAGUUGCAAGCAACAGACCCGAGUGAGAUGAGUCUCGACAUUAUAAAAUCCCGAGCAAUCUAA